GCACUAUUAAAUUUGUUGGAAAGCGUCAAGUUUUGAAUUUUCUGCGGCAAAACUGGUGAAGGUUUUUUGGCUUGGUAAGCGUCGAAUUUCUUGUGUCGUACUCGGGUGCAAGAUUUAUCGAGUUGAAGGCUUGAAGCUAGGGUUUCGGAAAUUGAGAUCGUCGGGGAGCUUGAACGCCAUGAGGAAGAAACUCGACACGCGCUUUCCGGCUGCUCGGAUUAAAAAGAUUAUGCAAGCCGAUGAGGAUGUAGGAAAGAUUGCCAUGGCUGUACCUCUUUUAGUGUCAAAAGCUCUGGAACUAUUUCUACAAGAUCUAUGUGACCGGACGUACGAGAUUACUCUUAAAAAGGGAGCGAAAACUCUAAAUUCUUUGCAUUUGAAGCAAUGUGUACAGAGCUAUAAUGUGUUUGACUUCUUAAAGGACACGGUCAGUAAGGUACCUGAUUUGGGUGGUUCGGAUGCUGUUGCGGAGGAUAAAUCUGCCACCAAAAGAAGGAAGAUUUCCGAAGAUGAAGAUGGAACUGAUGAUGAGCCCAAAAGAACUGUAACGCAUGAGACCACUGUUCACCUCAGCAGUAGUGGGAGAGGCAGAGGAGGCCGGGGCAGGGGUAGGGGCAGGGGUAGGGGUAGGGGCAGGGGCAGACGAGCCCUAGAGAGAGAAUCUAAUGUUGAGCACGAAAAAUACGAAGAUUAUCCAGAAAACUCUUUCCCGUGUGAUGAGAAUCAUAAACAGGAUCCCAUAACAAGGCCCAACAGUAGUAGUGUUGGUGGAGUAGAUGCAGAUAUUAAAUCGGUUAGAAAUUUCGAUCUCAACAUCGAAUUCAGCGAGAAUGGGGAUUCUUCUCAGGCAUUAGCCAGUCGAGCCUCGUGUGAUUCAUCAUCGAAGCCUUGUCCUAAAGAGAAGCAAGAAGAUAUUCCUGGUUGGUCGAUGGAUGAUAUGGGAAGAAUGGCUGUGGACCCGAUUCAGCUGGCGAGUUUUAAUGAUUGGUGGCUUAACCCAAAUGACUCAAAUGCUUUAAUAAGCUGUCGUGUCGUAUUGUAUACUCUGGCGUGCCACUAUCUUUCGUCUCCUAGCCAAUUUGCUCGGCAGCCA